UAUUUAUCCCGUCUUGAAAUUCUCCCAUCUAUUUAAGAACCAAGAAGUGGAAAAGAAAAAAACCAACAGAAAUGAAAAUGUCUUUGUGCUUAAAAUUCAGUCUACUCAAUGUUUUUGAGAUUAUCUGUGUCAUAAUCCUAGUGGGAUCAUGUAGUUCCAGGAUAGCAGAAUGCAGAAAUGUAAUGGUUUUCGACAAGGAUACAUCAGUGGAAUAUCCUGCCAUAAAUUGCCGUAAGCACAGUGCAUUUUUGACAGACUAUGGAGGAGUUGGAGAUGGAAAAACAUUGAACACAAAGGCAUUUCAAGAUGCUAUUGCCAAUCUAAGUAAAUAUACUUCAGAUGGAGGAGUAGAACUUAUUGUACCACCAGGGAGAUGGUUAACUGGAAGCUUCAAUCUCACUAGCCAUUUUACCCUUUUUCUCCAUAAGGAUGCCGUUCUUCUUGGUUCCCAGAAUGAGGAAGACUGGCCUAUAAUUGCUCCAUUACCUUCUUACGGGGUAGAAAAAGAAUUUCCCGAGGGAAGGUUUGCGAGCCUCCUUUCUGGGAUGAACCUCACCGAUGUUGUAAUUACUGGUAACAAUGGCACAAUUGAUGGCCAAGGUGCUCCCUGGUGGGAAAAGUACAAAAAACGUGAAAUUAAGGCAACCCGACCUUACCUGAUUGAGCUUAUGUAUUCUAGUCAGCUCCAAAUCACAAACAUUACUUUCAUCAAUUCUCCAUCUUGGCAUAUCCAUCCUAUUUAUUGCAGUAAUGUGUAUAUCAAACAGGUGACGAUUCUAGCCCCAAUAGAGGUGCCUAACACAGAUGGGAUUAACCCAGAUUCAUGCUCAAAUUGUCUGAUAGAAGACUGUUACAUCGUAUCGGGAGAUGACUGCAUUGCAAUUAAAAGUGGGUGGGAUCAGUAUGGACUUAAAGUUGCAAUGCCCACAGAACACCUUGUUGUAAGAAGGUUAACCUGCAUUUCCCCUGACAGUGCUACCAUUGCCCUUGGUAGUGAAAUGUCAGGCGGUAUCCAGGAUGUUAGAGUUGAAGAUGUUAUAGCAGUCGACACACAAUCUGGUGUCAGAAUCAAAACUGCAGCUGGAAGAGGAGGCUUUAUAAAAGACAUUUUUGUAAGAAGGAUGACCAUGAAAAACAUGAAGUAUGUUUUCUGGAUGACAGGUGCUUAUAAGUCACACCCAGAUGAUGGGUUUGAUCCAAAUGCACUAGCUGAGAUUACAGGUAUAAAUUACAGUGACAUUGUUGCAGAUAAUGUUACUAUUACAGCAGCACUUGAUGGAUUUUCUAAGGCUCCCUUCUCUGGAAUCUGCAUUUCCAAUGCGACUAUAACAUUGAGUGAAGAUGCAAAAGAGCUGCAAUGGAACUGCACUAAUGUGAAGGGAGUUUCAAGUCAUGUGACUCCUAAACCUUGCGAUUCAUUACCUGAACAAGACACCAAAUGCACUUUCCCAGAAGAUAAGCUGGCAAUUGAAACGGUUAAGAUGCAGACUUGUAAAGCUACUUCAAUCUAAUUAAAGUUUGUUAUCACUGCUUGAUGGUUGGCAGAAUUAUGAUCAACAGUGUUUUAGUCCUUCAAAAAGGCAACAAAUAAAAAGAACAAAAAAAUAGCAUAUUUGUGCUGUUA